UCGAAAGUGACAUUUAUAGCAAGAGACAUGGUAGAUGAAAUACUACUAUUUUACUAGUAGUGUUAAGCAAGUGCCAAAAUAUUAUUGUCUCUAUAAUCUUGUUUCUGGAUCCACGGCUGUCAAACCCAACCCACCAUAACUCAUUUGUUUCCACAAAAAGUCAUAACCAUUUCACUGAUUCCAAGAAACUCACAUUCUUUUGUCUAAAUAUAUAAAGAUUUCACAUUUUUAGCACAAGCCCUUCGGUUGAUUCAGCUUCUCCAGGUUUCUCUUCCUGGUAAAUUGUUGGGCGAAAUAAUAUCUCGAACAUGUACAGACAUUCACCCAGCAGGCACCAGAAAGCCAAAGGUUUCAGGUUGAAACAUGUGCUUCAGAUUUGUGUUUUAGUUGGUGUUUGCUUUUGGUUGAUUUACCAGGUUAAGCACUCCCAUGAUAAGAGGAAACAAUUUGAUGAAAAUGAUGCAAAAACUUCACGAGAUGUAGAGAUGAACAGUGCGGUUUUGAAAUUAGGAAGGAAGGACCUUAUCUCACAAGAAAAGGGGCCAAUCAAGGAUCUUGAGAGUCAUGAUGAAGAAGUUGAAGAAGAAAUUGUUGAAGAAGAUAAGAGUGAAGAAGAAAAUGGAGAGCAAGAUAAGAAUGAAGAAGAAAUUGGAGAAGAAGAUAAACAUGGAGAAGAAAUCGAGAAAGAAGAUAAGCAUGAAGAAGAAAGCGAGGAAGAAGAGAAGCAUGAAGAGGAAACUGCAGAAGAAGACAAAAAUGAAGAAGAAACCGAAGAAGGUAAGAAAGAAGAAGAGUCUGGAGAAGAAGACAAGCAUGAUGAAGAAAAUGGAGAAGAGGACAAACAUGAAGAAGAAAAUGGAGAAGAGGACAAACAUGAAGAAGAAACUGGAAUAGAAGAUGAGCAUGAAAACGAAGAGCAAGAAGAAGAUAUUGAAACUGAAGAAAAAGGUGAUAGAGGUGGAGAUGUUGGCGUAAACGAGCAGGAGCAAGAGAAAACUGAUUCCAAUGUUAAUCAAGAAGAGGAGUUUUUAGAUGAAGAGAAGGACAAAGACACCAAUGAGAAGGAAACCGAGGAUAAAGAUGAUGGUGGUAAAGAUUCUCAACACACUUCAAUAGAAGACCAUGAUCAUGACGAAGGAGCUAGGAAUACUCGUGAAGCACGUGAGGAACAGUAUAAGGGAGACGACGCGUCUAGUGCUGUGACCCAUGAUGGGCAAAUUACUAGCACUGAAAAUGUGAUAGGCAGUAUGGAAAACCAAGCAAGUACUGUAGAACACAACAAUAAGCACGACAACACAGAGGAAGGUGGUGCUGGUAAAAAUACUACAGAUGUGAAUUUGAAUGAGCUGGAAGCAGGUAGGAAUGGAAGUAUAUCCUCCAAUGAAGAAAAGAGUUCCGAAGUAUUAGACUCAGUUUCGCAGAGUAACUCAUCCUUUACUUCCAUAACAGCCUUGGAGUCCAAUGGUCAGUCAGAAAUAAUAAAUAUUACAGAUACCCAGGAUUCCUCUGUAAAAAAUGAAAUAGCGGUUAUCAAGUCGGAUUCAAAUAGUGGCAGUGAUGGAAAUGAAACCGCUGCUCAAGGUACCAAUUCUGAGACCCUUGUCUUGGAACAAUCCGAUAAAUCUACUGUAUCCUUAGAUAAUGCUAAACUAGAUUCAAACUCGUCAAGUUCCACGGCAAAUGUGGAAGAAAAUCCAGUAGAAUCUAGGGACUCCUCUACGAAUUUUAAAUUUGUUUCCGCAGAAACUCUUGCUCAGUCCAAUGUAUCAGCUGAAAACAAAGAUGGCUCUGCGUCUAGCACAAUUGUGGAAAGCACUAAUGAUGGGAAUGAGAAUCCAGAAAAUGUGGAAGGAACAGAGGGAACAUAUGACAACUCAGACUCGUCUAACACUGACGAUACAGACCAAGUUCAACACGACUCCAUUGAUUCUUCUGAUAUAUCUCUUCCUGUGGAUGACAAAGAGAAUCGCAUAGAUCUUGAUACUCUGCCAGAAAUUAGAACAGAGGGAAGCAACAGUGAAGAGGUUGCAGAAGAGUGAUAAUUUUGCUCAGUACAUAUACAGCUUGAGCAUCUGGUAAUGAUUGAUGUGAUACAACUAAGAGGAUCCCGGAGAAAACAUAGUUCAGUGGCAUAGCACCAGCAAAUUCAUUUAAAUGCGCAAGAUACAGCUUGCAUAUCUGCUCAUUAUUGGUCUCGUUGACUAGGAAAAACUUGAGAGAAUGUGUUUAAGUGACGCGAUGUUUCUAUUUAUUCUUUAUCCAUAAGAGAGUUUUGGAGUUUUCGAGUUUCGAGUAUACUUUGGAUUGUUUUUGGUAAAAUUACGCUUGGUGACAUGUAUUUCAUUUCAUCUUUAGAUUUCAAAUGACAUGAUUUGAGGUAUUAUUUAAA